AUGGACACUUACCCCUACCCCUACCGCCCCCUCUCCCUCAGCGAGGUCGUCGCCAUAUCCUUCGUGGCGCUUCUGAUCAUCGGGCCCCUGUCGGUUGUCUUUGCGGCCGUGCUGAUCUGUCCCGACGACUGCUGCGGGGUGCGGCGGCGGCGGUUGCGCCAGCGGACGCUGGAUCGGUGGAGGGAGGAGGCGGGGCUUGUGCGGUACCGGCAUGGGCUGGGGCAUGGACAUGAUCGGGGUUUUGGUGGUAGUCGUAGUCGUAGCAGUAGCCGUAGCCGCGAGUUACAUGAGGAGCAUCAGGGGCAUCAGGGGCGCUAUGGGGAUGCUCAACGGGAGGACGGCAGUAGGAGUGGUGAUGCUAGGCAUGCGAGUUACGAGACUCGUGAGAACCUAAACGAUUCUGCCGAGGGCAGCAGUAUGAGCAGAAGCAUGAGCCAAGGUGGCACGAGGGAGGCGGAUUCAGGCUAUGACUCUGGCGAUGAGCUGACGACCGGUGACUCGGAUGGUUAUGGGUCGUCUUUGAGCUCGCCGGUGCGGGAUCCGCCGGGGCGGCCGAUAUACGUGAUUCCCGAGGAGGAGAUGCGCGGUUGGAUGAUUGGACCUAGUGGUUCGCGAGAGGGUCGUGUGAGGGGGGUUAUUGGGUCGGAGAUGGCGGUUUCGCUGUCUGGAGGGGGUGGGAGUAGGAGUGACGGCGACGGUGACGGUGACGGUGAGAAGGGGGAGGUGUCGGUUGUCAGGCCGGCUAGUGUUUAG